AUGGGUGAGAGCAUCAGUGAUCAAGAAUUGCGACGACGUCUGUUGACCUUCAACACCGUCGUCCCUCCGGUCACCGAUUCGACCAGAAGAUUGUUGGCGAGAAAACUUGCAGAUCUUGAGAGCCGCCAUUCGAGCCAAAUUGAUUCGCCCAAAUCAAACGAUAUAUCCUUGAUAAAUGUAUCGAAUUGGAAUCAUUCUGCUAGCGAAGAUGAAGACAAAAACUCUUAUUUGUUUACAGAAACUAGAAAGUUUUCUAACAAACUACCUGAAAUACAGACUGAAAAAAAAAAACCAAGACUUUAUGACUCUAAUGUUAGCUUAACCCCAAGAGAACCUAUUUUUCGAAGUCCACGUUCGAAUCCUGUCACUGAAACACCUUAUGCGGAUCAAGCUAUUCAAAGGUGGAAAGAAAAAAUGAUGAAUCAAUCCCAAACAGAUAACAUCAAUGUGUCAAAUACUUCACAGUUUGAUUUUCCAUCACCUGUUUCAUCAAUUUAUUCUCAAAAUUCGAGGAGAUAUAUUCAACCAACACAGCAAAGGCAUUUGGGAAAUGGCUAUACAAGAAAUACUCAGUAUAUAAUACUACUUUUUAUUGGUUUUUUUGUAGUUAUUUUUGGAUUAUAUUUCACUUCUAUACAAUCAAGUACAGUUGUGUUACCUCCAGGUAUUUUGAACUCUUUAUGUGCCAAAAAAAAUCUAGAAGGGUUUGACUGUGAAACAGAACAAGAAAGAGUACAAAAAUUAUAUAGCUCUUUGGUAUCCCAAGUUCAAGAUAAAUAUAUCAAGAAUCAAUGUGAAACCUCAGAUAUAGAACCGACUGUGGACGCUCAAACUAUAUUUGAAUAUAUUUCAACCCAUGAAAAUUUACCAUCCAGGGAAAUAGAAGAAUUAGUUGAAUUAUUUAAAAGUAUUGCCAAAACCUAUUCUGAUUCGCCAAUUGGAUUUGACACUACGUUUAAUAUCAAUAUACAGCCAAAUUUACCUAUUCUGUGUGCAGUUAAAAAUAUUUUUACAAACAUGUUCUAUCUUAUUUUGUGGCUAGGAAUAGUUUCAUUGUCCCUCAUAAGCCUUUAUUUUGGAAUAUGCUACAUGACAACCAAAAGUGAAAAACAUAAACAUGAAGUUAAUCGCUUAGUUGAAAACAUAAUUGAUUUACUGAAACAACACGCUCAGUAUCGACCCAAUGAAGGUUACUUACCUAUCAUACAUAUACGUGAUCAAUUAAUUCCACCAAAUGAAAGACAAACAAAAUCUAAAAUUUGGGCUGAAGUUGAACAAUAUUUCACUGAAUCAGAAUCAAGAGUAAGAUCUGAGAUCCAACAAAUCGAUGGUGAAGACUUUCAAGUAUGGAGAUGGGUUCAACCUAUGUCCCCUGUCACAGCAAAAAAAAUUUGGCAAGGACAAGCAUUCGAAACUACUGAUGGUAGUAUGAACUCUCCUCAGCCAAGUCCUACUUCUUGUUUAAAAAUCCGUCAUAUGUUUGGACCAGAUUCUAUGCUAGGAGUUGAUUGUGAAUUACGUGUCAGAGAUGCUAUUCUCGAAAAGUGUGAGUCUACAGAAGUCUUACAUCUUUCAGUUGAUCGUAACAGUCAAGAAGGAUGUGUAUAUGUUAAAUGUGCCUCUCCUACUGAAGCAGGAAAAGCUUAUAGACAGUUACAUGGGUUCUGGUACGAUGGAAAACUGGUAACUGUGAAAUUUUUACGUUUGGAGCGUUAUCAUCAAAGGUUUCCAGAUGCUGUUAGUGUGACAGUACCUCUUACCCCAUCUAAUAAUGAAAAACGUUCAUUACAAUAA